AUGACUAAAGAAAUGACUAGGUACAGUUCCAUGAUGAAAAGAAGAAUUGGCCAGAGAUAGAUUUUCACAUUUUCACCUCUGACUAGACUGUUUGUACCCUCCAAUCCGGCAAUUGGCAGAUUAAUCGCGAAGCCACAGCCCCUGCAGAGAUGGGAGAGGCAGACCUCAUCAGACAUCCUGGAGGAACUCAUUGUUCAAGGAAUAAUCCAGGGUCAGAGUCAAACAUUCCGAAACAGAGGAGCCGAAGACACCAUGGGAAAUAACAUGGAGGAGCCACCCCAGAAGCCCCCAGCCAAACUAAAGAAACUCAAGGCCAAGAAACAAGGCCACAGCUCUGCAGUCAGUGACCUGGAGAAGGAAGGGAAGGGUACCAAAGAGAAGUGGAAGGUAACACGGGGAAUUCCAUUCUCCUGUCACUUACAGACCCAAGAAGAAGGGUCAAAGAGAAGACUGCAGAGGGACAGACUUUGGACACCCAUUGACCUUUGGGCCCCCACUGGCUUGGGUAAGCCGGAUUCUCCAGUCACAGACGGGCGCCAAGCUUUAAAUUCUCAGAAUGUCCCGGAAGAAGACAAUCGUUUGCAUGGCGGGGAAUAUGCAUUUGAAAGUAAUGAGAUGAAUUGUGGGGCUGAGGGGCUUCGAGUUCUGGAAUCAGACGUAUCCUUCAACUGCUCAAAUGACACAUCCUUCUGA